AUGGACAUGACAUCCACAGCGGAACUUCGAGCACAGAAUGAGCAACUCAUGCAAGAGAUUGACGCACUGCUUCGUGCCAAUAUGACGCUUGACAAGGAGGUUAAAGAGCUUACAUCCGAGUGCGACGAAUUGCGAUUGACAGGCAGCAACAAGGUGCAGACGCUGGAACAGGAGCUCGAGACGGUAGACAAGGAACUCACGUCACUGCGCUCGCAGUGUCAGUCGAUAAUCGAGGUCGUCAAGAACGCAGACAUUGAGAACAAGGUCGAAGUCGAGGAAGACCCGACGCCAGUGUCAGUCAGACGCAAACUGUCUUCGGUCAUGAGCCAGACGUUACAACGUGCCAAGGGCGUGUCGAUGCCAGAACAUCGACGGGCAUCGACAGUAGAGAUGGUCGCUCACGGUCUCAUUGCUAAAGCAGCGAGUUAUGCGGCCCUGCCAACAGAAAAGCCGGGUCCCGACGUCAAGAUGAACAAGGACAGCCCUGCCAUCUUGUCGUACGCGAAGAGCACGUCUGGUGCCACGAAGAGUCUGCUGUUCAAAACACACUCACAUUACGACAAUUUUCGACGGCGUAGCCCCUGUCGUAAAAAUCGUGACUCUGUCAUGGUGCUCUAA